GACGCACGACAGAGCCCAAAAAGAUGCUUCAAAACUCCAGGCGACAGUCAGUCAGCGUGUGUGCACGGUGACCACUGGCAGAGAUUUAUCGAGCAGGCAAACAGUUGAGCAGAUAACUGGCGACAAAUUGAGGACUCCUCGAGGGACAUCUCAAUUCCAAAUAAAACACGGACUUUUGAAGUAUUUUUUUAGUCAUAUAGUUUAUCACUGACUAACUGUAUUUAGUCUCGGUGAAUCUUUCACUUUGCGACUACAAAACGGCCAGGGGGUGGGGGGAAGCGGUUGAGCCUCUCGUCCAACAUUUUUUGUUUUACAGACUUGCGACUUCAACACGCAAGUUGCAGCAUGUUACUUUUCAGUUCGCCGUGGGUGUACUUCUUUAUUUUCUGUAACCAAGCUGUUACCGUACACACCUUGACUGAUGAGAUAGAUGUUGUGGUAUUUUUGCCCCAAAAUGACACUUAUCUUUUUUCAUAUGCGAGGGUCGCACCGGCGAUUCGUUAUGCGCAGCUGAAGCUGAAGACUACAGGAUCCCCCUACUCCGACCUCCAUUUCAACAUCCACUUUGAGAACUCCAAUUGUGUGAAUGAUGCCCUCUUCCACUUGGUGGACAGGUCUUGCGUGAAGAAGCCUGAUCUGAUUUUGGGGCCAGUAUGCGAGUACGAGGCGGCAGCGGUGGUGAGACUGGCGUCCCACUGGAAUAUUCCGGUGAUCUCAGCAGGUGCCCUGGCCGCAGGUUUUAGCAAUAAGGAUACCGAAUUCUCCCACCUUACGCGCAUCGCACCAUCUUAUGUAAAAAUGGCAGAUACAUUCAGUGCAAUGUUCAAGCACUUCACGUGGAAGACCGCCGCCUUGAUCUAUGAAGACGACAAAGAGGAGCGAAACUGUUACUUCACUGUAGAGGGAAUAUAUCAUCUAAUGACUGACCUAACCAUUAAAACAUUUACUUUUUCUCAUGAUGACCCGCUGGACACUGACGACAUCAUCCAAAGCAUCUUUGACACUCAAGUUGUAAUCUUGUGUAUGGACGCCAGAAAAAUUCGAGAAAUUAUGCUUGCUGCACAUAGGCAUCGAUUGACCAGUGGAACUCACAUGUUCUUCAAUAUUGAACUCUUCAAUGCAUCCUCCUAUGGCAAUGGGUCAUGGAGGAGUGGAGACAAAUUUGACAAUGAAGCAAAGCAAGCCUAUGCAUAUUUGAACACUGUGACACUGCUUCGAACAGUCAAGCCAGAGUUUGAAAACUUCUCAAUGGAAAUUAAAAAGGCCGGCGAAAGUAUGGGACUGAACAACUGCCAAGACUGUGGAAAUGUCAACAUGUUUGUUGAGGGAUUCCAUGAUGCCUUGCUGCUUUACGCUCUUGCUUUGAAUGAAGCCAAGAAAAGUGGAUACAAUAAGAAAAAUGGAUCACAAAUCACAUCACAAAUGUGGAAUAGAACCUUUGAAGGAAUCGCUGGCCAGGUGUCCAUGGAUGUCAAUGGUGACAGAAACGGAGAUUUCUCGGUAAUGGCAAUGACCGAUGUUAAUGCAGGAACGUAUGAGGUUGUUGCUAAUUAUUUUGGUGUGAAUGGAAGCUUUGAGCUGCUGCCCACUUUCAACUAUGACCACUUUACUCUGCAAGGAUUACAGAUAAAACAUACGGAGAUAUCAGACACAUCAUGUGGACUUGGAGUGUCAGCUUUGACUGGAGUCAUAGUGGGAGCUGUUCUGGGAACUGCGAUGCUAUCAGCAUUCUAUUUUUUCAGGAAAAAUUACAGGAUUACCAUAGAGCGUCGAGCACACAGUGAAGAGUCUGCCAUUGGGAAGCACCGCCAAUUACGGGAGGACUCCAUCAGAUCAAACUUGUCAACUCCUUAGUCACCGGCAGCCCCAAAACCUUUCUCGCAAACUUACAUCUCUUUGGCGAGAGAUCAUCACGGCUGUCAGUGAGGAAAUGCUUUUAGAAAUUAAAUGAUUUUGUGUUUUUAACUUUUCAAUGUUUCAAAUGUUUCACUUACAAUGUAUUAUAACUCAGGACAACUGUAACUGUCUUAAAGCACCACUUGGAUUUAUUUUUCACAGGUAAAGAUUUGUGUCCAUUUUAUUCUGGAAAAUUUCAAUAAACAUUUUUUGUAAUGUAUGCACAGUAUACAAAA